CGGUACGGUGAAAGCGGGGUGAGCUGAUCCCAGCCCGCCUGUUCCUCUGGCCGCUGCUCGGGAGCGGGCUGGCUGUAAGACCCAGCGGGACCCCCGUUACUCCCCGCAGGGAGGCGCUGCCGCCGCCGGGACGCUCGGAGAAGAGAGAGAGAGAAAGAGAGAGAAAAAAACAGAGACAUUAUUUAGAAAAAAAAAAAAGGAUGCCGAGUAAAAAAAAGAAAUAUAACGCCAGGUUCCCCCCGGCUCGUAUAAAGAAGAUCAUGCAGACGGAUGAAGAGAUUGGGAAAGUGGCGGCGGCAGUGCCUGUCAUUAUCUCUCGGGCCCUUGAACUGUUCCUAGAAUCCCUCCUGACCAAGGCGUGCCAAGUGACGCAAUCCCGAAACGCCAAAACGAUGACCUCGUCACAUCUAAAGCAGUGUAUUGAGCUGGAGCAGCAGUUUGACUUCCUGAAGGACCUGGUAGCGGCUGUGCCCGACAUGCAGGGAGACGGCGAGGACCCCCCCGCGGAGAGGGGGGAGAGGGGGGCGCGCAGAGGGAGAAAGCCGGGAUCCGGUCGGAAAAAUGGAGGCGCGGGAAUGAAAGGGAAAGACAAGAAGCAGUCAGGGACCGAGUCCGAGCAAGAGGAUGACUCUGAAGACAGUGAGACGGAAGGAGAGGAGGAGGAGGAGGAGGAGGAGAUGGUUUCUCAGCCCAGCAGCACGAACCCCCACCCAGCAGCCAGGUUUCAGAGCUCCGCGGCGCCGCCCUACCUGCAGAUGGGCUCCAUGCAGGCGGUGCUGGGGGUGCCGGUGACCACGCCCCCAGCCCCGCCCCCGGCCCCGCCCCCCAGGCACCACGAGGGCAGCGAUGAUGAGGACUAUGACUCCUAGCGUCCUGCUUUUAAUUUUUACUUUUAGUUUUAAGUUUUACUGCAUUGUGUGUGCGUGUGCGUGUACAGGGGGGGGAGGACUAUACAAAAUGCAGCUCUUUGUAAGACACAACAGCAAGGAAAGGUUGCAUAUUCAGACUUUAUUAACUUUUUAUGAACUUUGUGUUUUUGUUUUUUUGUUUUUUUUUAAAUCCUCUGUCUUUUAAAAGCACAAGGAAUAUCGUGGUUAUUUAUAGAAUAUUUUAUAUGUUUGUUUUAUCUUACUUGAUCGAAAACUGUCCUGGUGUCUUCAUCAGUGCUAUCCUACCUGACUGACUUCUUUUGUUCCCACUCGGUACACACUGUGCUUGCCUUUAUCUUUUUAACGCAGAAAAAAAAAAACUUUUUGUCGUCCCAAAAACCAGACAAGUUGUUUCGUAUCGCCUUAGUUCAGCCGUAUUUUUUAAAGGAGACUGACUAAAAUGUCUUUACAGCAGAAUAUCGAUUUUUUUUUUUUGUAUGGUAUAUUCCUGAUCAGAGUCGUUAGUAGAUUAAGGGUUGCUGCAAUGUCUGUGCAAGAACGUGGGCUCGAACCCGCAUCUUGGGUGGCUCGGUGGUUUCGUGCGCCAUUCCACCCUGGUUUAAGUGUCAUAGGAUGCCUGUUUUAAACUCGUUUGAUUCGAUGGAAGCUCUAGCUAUGGCCGUUAUUGCUGUAGAUGCACGUUAUCAAUGACUAACAGCAGAGUUGGGUGAGACUGACCGCAUCGCCACUCCCUAGCACACAGGAAUUACAGAAUGGAAACUUGCAGGGUUUUUUUUUUUUCUAGUGUACUGUUCUGUUGCCAUUUCAGGCGCCCAGAACGUCUCCCUUCUCAGUCUCUCAGGCGUUCGUUUUGAAGCAAAUGAGAAGCGAACUCAUUUUAUACACUUGCAUUUUUCCUCCGCGGUGUAGCGGGAGGACGUGACGUUCAUAAGAGAGACGAGUUCUCUCAGACUCGUGACAUUUAGAUAGUAAGAGUUUGUAAUGAAUUUAAGUUGUACAUUUUAGAGAUCUCUCUCUCUCUCUCUCUUCAACUGUACUAAGAUAAUGUCCACGUUGUUCAAACUCUUUCCUUCUCCUAAACAUUUUGACAAAAGAAAAUACAACCGCUUAACUGAAUAAGUUGGCCUAAAUAUAUUUGUAAUGAGAGACCGGGUAAAAUCGAUGACUCCCAGACAAACAAUAUCUAAUGCUUUUAUGUAGGAUCAUGGUAGAGGGUGAGGGAAAUGUACCAACUGGUACAUUUUGAUUUCUGCCACUGGUGUAAAGAUAUUUAACAACCUGUUAUCUACAGAACACAAUAAAUACAAAAAUAUUAUUGACAAAUUCAUUUUUUUCCAAAAUCUUUUGAAGCUGCAGUGCUGCUUGGUUCCUGUGAGUGGCGCUGCAGUAAAGCAACACAAACAAACAUUCUUAAGCAGCAGCAGCACCAUCUGUUGGAGCUCAGCGGUAUUGCACUGUCCGUUUUUAUUUUUUGAAAUGCGUUAUAUUUGACUUUACAGUCUUUUUGCAGGUCUAAAACUGUUAUAAAGUUUAACAACGAAACUAAUAAAACAAGAUUUUUAUUUUUAGAGGCCGUUGAUUCACUCUGCUUUAGCCCUGGCCCUUUGUACAGCUGACGUUUUAACUGAGGGAGUGUCUGUUAUUUUGUUUCAAGUCAGUGGUUUUGUCUCGUAUUGCUGCUUUUCUUUCAUUUCCCUUUAAAAAAAAAAAAAAAAAAAAAAAAAAAAAAGCGUGUCUGUUUUCAGAAGAUGCUAGAUAGUUGUUUUUUUUUUUUUUUUUUGUAUUUCCUCCAUCAUUGUGCAAACUCAAACAAUCUUACAUAUCCAAAAAACGUAUUCCAGUAUUAUUUUUUAAAGUUAUGCAUUUUAGUGUUGGCUUGGCAAAGUCCUUUUUGCUAAACAGGAUUGGCUGUUUUUUUUGGAUCUUUGAAGAAAAGAGUAAUAAAAAAAAAUCAGAUUUUGUUGUUUCAACACAGUGCUGUAUUCAUUUUUUGAUUAAAUUUUUACCUGGCAUCCGUUUAUAGACUUGGCAGUAGGUGGUUAUCAUUGUGUGUCUGUGUGCACAACAUAAUUUAGCACUGAUCAGGAACAGUAAAUCUGGUGCUGUGGAUAAAACUUACAUAUACUGUGAAAAAACAGUUUUAAGGUCGGAAUUAAAUCAUAAUACUGCUAUUGUAGCACUGUAAUGCUUUAAAGCUGUAAUGGAGCUGUAAUUUUGAUUUAAUUGAGCCUUGGUAGAGUUUCUUCCCCCCAGUCCUUCAGUGGAAUAAAACAGAGCUCCGAAGUAGCAUCUUUUUAAACGUUUGUGUCUAAAGCUGAGGGAACACGAAACCUGUUUGUGGCUUGGAACUCAGGAGAGCAGGUUUCAGGCCUCUGCAUGGAGACUUGAGGGGGUGGGGGGGUGUGAUACAGCAACCUCAAACUAGGUCUCCUGGAACCAGGUUUCAAGCUGCUGUUCCUGGAACCGUGUUCCCUCAGCUUAAGUUAUUACAGUGUACGCUUGCUGGUAAUUCCAUUGUAACUACACAACCGUUUGUGUUAUUACACUUUGGCCUUGUUAAAUCUGGCCUUUUUUUUAUUACAAAUAAGGACCCCCCCCUCCCCAGGGAUUGUUUGAAAAGGGUUUUUAUUUGUACUUCUGUUUUUAAAUGACAGACUUGUACAAUGUUAGUUUCUCUUGUUCAGGUUCUGAGAGCAGUCCGUUCCCCCCUCUGUUCGUUGUUUUAUUUUGUUAUUUUGUUAAUGUAUACAGUGAUCGUGGUUAUUAUCUGACUGGUUUGUUCUGGACCAUGUUGUGUGUCAUCUCUAGAGAGAGAGAGAGAGAGAGAGAGCGCUGUACGGGACUUUUAACAUUUCUUUUUAUUUUGUAUGAGUGAAAUAAAGUUCGGAUUUCAAUAUAAAAACACUUUUUUGUCUCCCUGUUUUUAUUAUUUAUCUGGAAUCAAACCCUUAAUUCUUCUUGUGCAAUUUAUCAGUCUAUCUAGAUGUUCUGUAGAUUGUUUAUUGAUCAGCCUAAAUCAGUCUCUAUCUUCUCUAUUGAUUUUUAUUACUUUGCACUUCAUGAUCAGUAUCAUUUAUCAAUCUCUGAUAAUUUUAUGUGUGUCAAUCCAUAUAAUCUUAAUUUAUUAUCUACUGUAUAUAUUAUCAAUCUGUAUACUGAAGCCAUCAACAAACAAACAAACAAACAAACAAUGAUUUCUCUAAGAUCUGAUAUGUACUUGGGUAAAUGAACUAAUUUAUUUUUCUAAAACUCCAGCCUUUUUUUUCUAUAUUAAACUUUCUCAACUUCA